AUGUCGAACUUUCUCGUUACUGGCAGUUCCCGCGGCUUAGGCUUAGAGUUAGUGAGGCAGCUAUCUGCCCGAGCCUGCCUCGAAGGAGGGUUGGUUAUUGCAACGGCGCGGAAAUGCAGCCCGAAACUUACGGAACUUAUCGCUCAGUCCAAUGGGUGCAUUGUCUUUGUUGCUUUGGAUAUUUCAGAGGAGUCAAUAAUCGCUGAAUCAGCCGAGCAAGUCAGAUCAGCGUUAAACGAAAACAGUCUGGACAUGUUGAUUAAUUGCGCUGGAGUUCAUAGUGAGACACAUGGAAAACUAGCUAUCGUACGCUCCUUGCCCGGCAUACAAGAUCAGCAAAGCAGCACUGAACGCCUUAACGGUCCAAUAUGCGCUUGGCUGCAAAGUGACAUGGGUGGGAAGCAUGCCGACCUGACCGUGCCUCAAGGUGCAGAGGCGGUCUUGAACAUCGCUAUGUCCGCAGACCGUAUGGACAAUGGCCGGUUCAAGAAUAUUCAUGUCCCAGGGUGGGAGGCCUAUAAAGGCCAGGACAUGCCGGUGUGGAAUGCGAACGCCGGCGGCGCGGACGGCCAGCUAAGAAGAGAAACCAAAGGUUUGCUGUCAUUCAUAGUAAUCUAUACAUACGAAGUAACUGAUAAUGAACGGCAGUAUCCUAAGGCCCCAAGAAAACAUAAGCACAGCCAGCCUAACGACCAAGUUCUGGACUCAAGGGAGCGAUCCUUAACCACGCCUACGAACUCGACACCCAGCGUCGAGGGCCCCAAUUAUCAUGCAAUACAGGCAAAAAACAUAAUCCAACUGGAAUUAAAUGACUCAAGGCAUGUAAACCGCGGGAGGCAGUCCAUACUUCGCUCUGCUCUCCAACUCGUGAGCCAAAUUGCAGAGAGUGAGCCUCAACAUUCGGACGAAAUCAUGGAAGAGUUUCAGCCUAACGAUCCCGCCCUUUCGAUUCCUGAUGCACCCCCUCGAGAGCUGUUGUUUAUGCUCCUACAAGGGCCGCCGGAAUCGAUGUGCAUUCAGUGGCCGGAUCACAUCUCGCGCAAAACAUAUGAAGAAAUGGCUACAGCCUUGUUACGAAGUGAGCCUCGGCUACAAGGUCAACGUCUCCAUCAGUAUAGCAUUUGCAUAUAUGUGAAAGCAAUAUUUCAUAUAUAUCAGGUGUCACGAACCGUGCGCAGCCCACUUCUGAAAUCACAGCUGUCCCAAUCUAGGUCGACUUACAUCGCAGCGACAAUUUGGAGCAUUGAGAACCUGAGCAUACUCAAACAGCCAGACCUCUCGACCAUACAAGCUCUACUCUCGAGUGCAUUGCUUAUGCAGCACCUGGGGAGGCUGAACCAAUGUUGGGUCCUUACCUCUUAUGCUGCCCGACAGAUUGCAUCCCUUAACUACCACAAGAUCCGCAGGGUACCAGCGCGCUCAGACUCGGAGUUAGAGGUAUAUAGUGCGGUAUACUGGUGCUACUAUCUGGAUCGGACGUUAAGUUCGCUUCUCAGUCGCCCUCCGUCAUUGCCUGAUCUUGAUGUAUCCCCGACGGAUCUCAUUGUAUUAGACCCAUGUUCGCCAUAUGAUACUCUUUUACGUGUCCUGCUUGACCUCGCACAGGUUCAGGGGAAAUUACAUGCAGUAUCUUCCGACACGAGGAAUACUUCGAAUAGCCAGGCUUUGGAGACCUGUCAGCUCCUUGAGUCCAGGAUGCAGAGCAUUCUUCGAGAAAUGCCAUCGGUACGUGUAUCGGGACCACAUAUAAAUCGUGCAUCCCUCCCGAAAAUGGUACAACAUGAUUGGGUUGCGGUCGACUUCUGCUACUACGCGAUUUUCGUCGAGAUCGACCGAACACGCUUGAAAAACUCGUUUAGUCCAGUGAUACACAGGGAAUGUCUCGUACAUGCCAGACAGUCACUUGGAGCAUUUCACUUUAUCCAGCAGCAUGCGGAGGAAAUGCCGGGAUUUGAAGAGCCAUAUCCAUCAUUCCUGACAUGCGCCUUCUUCGUGGUCAUCUGCAAUAUCAUCGGAACUUUAGAUCAUGACGAUUUCAAACUGCUUCAACAAAUAACGCAGAGUUUGUCACAGUUCAAGCAAGAUCCACACCUUGGAAAACUUUUAAAUCUUCUCCAGUCGUUGGAAGAUCUCUGCGAACCGCUGUUCCAAGAAGGGGCUUCUGGCCCAGAAAAUAUAUCAUCAAACCUCCGUGCAUCCGCCCCAAAUCAGGUAAUGGAACCUGUCACUAUGGAUGGCAUUCCUCCGAGCGCCUCCUUCGAUAGCAAUUUCGGGCUAAGUGAUGAACCGAUACCGAACUCGGAGUUGGACGCCUCAGCCGACUGGCUGAUGUGGCAGCUUUUCAAUAGCCAAAUCCCAGCGGGUUGGCUUAGUAGUAGUAUGGACCCUUUUGAAAUAUGA